UAUCGCGAACUGCGCUUCUUUAGGGCAGGCUGGAGCUGGUGUACGUGCCAGCUCUGCCGCGGCACGGCCAGACCUUGGGCUCUCCCGAGGACGUCCCGGUUCAUUUACUGGAAGCGCUCAGGACCGCUGGUGUUCCGGGUCCGGCCUCCGGCCACCCAUUCCUGCCGCCCGGCUGCCGCUCCCCCGAGGGACCCGGGCGGGAUUCGCUGCCCGGGAGAUCGCUUCGCCGGGACAAAACCUCCAACUGAUCCACAGAAAGCCCGGAAAGAAACAGCAGUGAUCAGACCCGAACCAAAAAUGAUAGCUGCAGGGAAAUUUUCAAGUCUUCCCAGAAAUGGCCCAGUGAACCGCCAGUUCUCAUUAGCUUCUUCCAUGGACCUUCUGACCACUAAACCUUCACCAACUGAGCAUCGCUCAAACUCCUUUCAAGGCAUCUCUAUCCAUGGCACUCUCCCCAGGAAGAAGAAGGGGACAAUUCCCCCUAGGUCUUGUGAUAUGUUUAGCCACGUGGGAACACUGCCUUACACCAGAACACACCGGCAGCUGCCACCUUUUGUACAGGAUGUUAUAGAAGAGUACCCUCCAGAAAGUGAGAAGAGCAGCAAACUCAAUAGCAGAGAUCAGAAUAUUCUGGAUCCUACUUUGGAAUAUGUUAAGUUUUCUAGGGAGAGGCAGGUUAUGGACAACAGCCCGGAAAAACUGAAGAAGGAGUUAGAGGAAGAACUGCAGCUGAGUAGUGAGGACUUGCGUAGCUAUGCCUGGUACCAUGGACGUAUUCCUCGGCAGGUGGCAGAAGACCUAGUUCAGAGGGAUGGAGAUUUUCUGAUUAGGGAUUCUCUCUCCAGUCCUGGGAACUUUGUUCUUACUUGUCAGUGGAAAAAUACCUCUCAGCAUUUUAAAAUCAACAAAACAGUUCUAAGACUCAAUGAAGCCUACUGCCGUGUUCAGUAUCAGUUUGAACUGGAAAGUUUUGACAGUAUCCCUGGCUUAGUUAGAUACUAUGUUGGGAAUCGUGCACCAAUAUCAAAGCAGAGUGGAGCAAUUAUUUUUCAGCCUAUCAACAGGACUGUGCCUCUCAGGUGUCUAGAAGAAAAGUAUGGUGUAACUCCAGUCCAACAAAAAGAGCCAAGUAGCCCUGAAGGAAAAACAGAAACUGCGAAAAGGCUGAGUCUUGGUAUAUCCAGCAUGCAAUCCCCGGAGCAGAGCAUACCCAGAGGAAAUCUUUUGAGAAACAAAGACAAAAGUGGUAGCCAGCCAGCUAGUUUGGACCAUGUUCUGGAGAAAAGAUUCCCUUUGAAGGCUCACCAGUCAGAGAGUUAUCUGCUAAUAGGUUCAAGACAUCCAUCUCGAUUACCUGAAGCAGAGACAAACUCCUGUCCAAGUUCACCUGCAUUUAGAACAGGCAGUGAACCAUCUCUAAGCCCCACAGUUGUUCAGAAACUCACCUUGGAGUCACAAGCAGGGGAAGCUCUGAGAGGAUCAGACAGUCAGCUCUGUCCAAAGCCUCCACCUAAACCCAGCAAACCCCUGAUGAAGCCCCCAGGUUCUCCUUUGGCUUCCCACAGUUCAGAAGGACACUACUGUGAACUAAACACUACCAGACAUCCUGCAACAACAAAACAACACUUAUGUCAGAAAAACAGCUACGUGGAAUAUCUGACACGAAAGGAGAAGGGAACACACUCAUUUAGGAACUCUGAAACGAGCUAUCUGAUCCUUGACGAUGAUCCUACAGUGAACCCUGCAGAUCCUUUAGAAGCUUCAACUCAGAUGGCUGAAGAGGACAUCAUCUUUUCUGCACCUGUUUUUGAGACAGUGUCUAGUUUUAAACCAAAUGAUUUUGAAUCCAUACUACUUCCUCCUGAAAACAAGCCAUUGGAAACAUCAAUGUUAAGAAGAGUUAAGGAGCUUUUCACCAACAAUAACCCAAAGAUUAUUGCACAGCAUAUUCUUCGAAUGGACUGCAAGGUGGCAAGGAUAGUAGAAGUUUCUGAAGAGAUGAGAAGGAAUAUGGGAGGGAGCUCUGGUCUUGAACUGAUUACCUUGCCUUACGGACAUCAGCUGCGCCUUGAUCUCAUUGAAAGGCACAAUACCAUGGCAAUAGGAAUAGCUGUGGAUAUCUUGGGUUGCACAGGAAAUGUAGAAGACAGAGCAGCAACAUUAAACAGAAUCAUCCAAGUUGCUGUGGAGCUGAAGGAUUCACUGGGGGAUUUAUAUGCGUUUUCUGCCAUUAUGAAAGCACUAGAAAUGCCACAGGUCAGUAGAUUAGAACAAACCUGGACUGCUCUAAGACAUCGUUAUACCCAGACUGCCAUUAUGUAUGAAAAACAGCUGAAACCAUCUUGCAAAGCUUUGCAUGAAGGACAGGAUGAGUGGAAUAAGACCAUCAGUGCUCCGCAGAACAACAUAACAGUGCCACUGCUGAUGCCUCUUCUUACCUUGAUGGAGCGCCAAGCUGUUGUUUUUGAAGGCACGGAGCUGUGGGAGAGCACUGACCAGAGUGGUGAGAUAAUGCUGCGGCACUUGGCCACGGCCCGUGCGAUAGCGCAGCAUGCGCAGAGGUUCCACCGGGCUGCGGAGCAGGCGCUGCAAGGUUUCCAGCCAGAUGAAGAGCUGAGUGAAAUCUUCAAGACAGAAUUUCAAAUGAGAUUGCUCUGGGGCAGCAAAGGAGCACAAGUUAAUCAAAGUGAAAGAUACGAGAAAUUCAACCAGAUUUUAACUGCACUUUCCCGAAAACUGGAACCUCCUCUAGUGAAGCUGGUGGAACAAUUAAGUAUAUAAGACUCUGUAAACACUAUUUAAAAUUAUAUACUUGAAAUAACCUUAGCAUUCUUCUGGCAAUUUGAUACUGCACAGACCUCUUGCAUUUCACAAGAUGUUUAGAACUUUAAAUGCACAAUGCACACUUGUUUUAAAACUACUGAUUUCUAAACAAAUUAUUUAUUUACUGUGACACCAAGUCAGUUAAUGAUCCCUUUAAACAGUUGGUUAUCCCUUUAUUUCUCCAGAGUUGCAAUGUUUUAAUGAUGCCAAUGAGUAAGGGCAUUGGCGUCUUAGUAUUAAGAUGAAGCAAACACUGUAAAUAAAAUGAUAGAUUAAGUAUCUGACAUGGCAGAAAAAACUGUUGUAUAAUAUUCCUUUAAUGAAUAUAAAACACUGUAAAUAGAAUUGUGAUUUGAAGGGUAUCUUUAUGCAAAAUAAUUUGCAUAUUUACAGAUCACAGAAACACUGCAGGUUGCAGAAAUGAUCCUUUAUCUGUGACCAUAAAACAAGGCUCAAAUGUGCCUGUGAAAGUAGAAAAUGAGUUUGUCUAUGUGUUGGGACAACUUACGUUUAAGACAGCACCUGUAGUGGUUUGGCUUUUGCUGAAGCCUGCACAACAGCUAUGCUGCCAGGAAUGAAUGAUGAAAUGACAAGAACAAACAAUCCAGAUAAUUAAAAUGCUUUCAGACAUGAGUAAAUGUGGUUGUAUGUAUGUAUUAAACUUGCUUCAUUUACUGAG